AUGCCGCCGAGGCCUCAGCGGGCCAUCGCACACUUGGAUCUCGACUGCUUCUAUGUGCAGGUGGAGCAGCGACGCCUGAACCUGGGCAGACCGCCUUGGACCGCGAGGGAUUCCCCCCCAGCCGCGGUGCAGCAGUGGGACGGCCUCAUAGCAGUCAACUAUGCUGCUCGUGCACAUGGUGUCAAGCGUGGUAUGCGAGCAGCGGAAGCUUCAACCAUUUGCCCCGGUAUCGUCCUCGUACACGUCGAGACAAUCAGCGAGGGCGUGGAGGAUGUGGCUACUGCGACAGGCAGCGCGCACUCAGCUCAGAAUCAGAGCAAAAAGAUAGCAGGCCAGGCCUCAGACGAAGUCCUGGCGGUGGUCCAAAGGUCUUCAGCAAGGUGCGAGAUGGCAUCGAUCGAUGAGGCCUAUUUAGACUUCACGGAAGAGGCUGCCCAGCUGCUGGUUGGAGGGUCUGGCCCGGAUUUGGCAGCCAUAGCAGCCACAGCAGCCUGCCCCAGUGGAAUCUGCGUGGACGUUGCAGCUGAUUCUCAUCUUCUGGUGGCCGCCCAUUUGGUCCAACGGCUUCGGGACGACAUCUUCAAAGAGACAGGCUUCACGGUGGGCGCCUUAAGAGCUGUUGGCUCCCAGCAUGUGGGUGCAGUCAGAUUUGCGCCGGGCUUGGAGGGGGCAGUGCAGGCAAGCGAGCGGCAUGGAUCUGCUGUGCUGCGGAACUGUGCCAACCUGCUGCAGCGCAUUCUGAAGCCUGAUCAUGCAGGUCAGAUGCCAAGCCCCGAGUACGAGCGAAAGCAGCACCGUGCAGGUCGACUGAGGCUUGUCGAAGACGGCGAGUACGAGAGGUGGCAGGUGGGGCUCUUCGCAGAAGAAGUUGGAGCAGGUGGCAAGAGGAGGUUCAAAGUCGAUACCCUUGCCGGCUUUGUGCACACGCACGCUCCGCCCUGGUAUCCCAAAGAUACGGAUCCCACCGAGAAAAACCAUCUCUACGAGGUGAUUCUUCAAGAUCAGCCCUGUUGGCUAUACUUUGAUUUGGAGUUUUCCAGACUGACCAAUCCUGAGCUUCAGCCGAACCUUGCAAUGACUGCCUUCGAUGAAACACUGUCAGCUUUCUGUCAAGAUGUCUUGGGCUUGGCGGUGGAUGAGAACAGUGUCAUUGUCCUGGAGUCAUCAACUCCUGAGAAGUUCUCAAAGCACGUUGUAGUGCAUCGCUUGCUGGACAAGGAGAAGGACACAACGGUCCCGCUGGCUUUUGCAAACAAUGCUCAAGCUGGCUUGUUCGUGAAUGAGCUCGUGAACUAUGCCAGGGCGAAUCGUGAAUGCAGCUCAGCACGACACCUGUUUGUCCAAGCCCCGAAGUUGUCAGAUGACGGGCGCGAGACGACACUAAUCGACGAGUCGGUUUACAGCCGCAAUCGCUCCUUUCGCUUGCUUUUCCAGUCUAAAUUUGCGAAGAAGCGACGCCUGGAGCUGGACGAGGCCUCGGGCAAACGCUUUUUCGACUACUGGCGUCCACACCCGAGCCGCGCACUGCUGGAGACCAUGGUGACCUUUGUGCCACCGAAAACCGAACUCUUCCGACACACUCUCAUUCCAGAGGGCUUCGGGCACAUGGAUGCAAAAUCCUUGCGAGUUCGGCGUGCAAACCCCGCAGUUGUGCGCGAUUCCGAGGGGAAAGUUCAAGUGAUUCAGCAGGAUCCUCUCCUGAACUUCUUGGUGCGAACUUGGGACGGCGUUCGAGCAGAAGAGGAGCAAGGGCCGUUUCCUCCCACACUUGUGCAAUCCUGUGUCGAGAUGGACCGGCGGUUCUUGACAGUUACUCUGUCAAACAAUCGUUUCUGCCGGUGCAAGGGCUCAUCCCACAUUUCAAACCAUGUGUACAUGGUUGUCGAUAUGGAGCGGCGUUCCUUCUACCAGAAGUGCUUCGAUCCUGACUGUCGCGGUUUUCAAUCGCCAGAGCACGCAAUACCUCCCUGGAUCCUCGAGACCGCCCAGGAGGAAGAACUCGACAGCGCCGAGUGGGAAAGGUUCGAGAAGGAAGCAGAGCAAGAAGCCCUGAAGGCCAAUGCCAAGGAGCCAGAUGAGCCCAACGAGCCCAUUGCAAAGCGGAAGCGCAUCUCGGAGGGCGGUGCCUGA